AUGGUCAUCAAAGACGCCUGGCUCUACAAGACGAUCUGCCAGCUGCUGCGCAGCUUCCUCAAGUUCGCCCCAGAUGUGGCGCUCCACACGGAAGAAAGCCAUCCCCACCUCUCCGACUACAUCCACACCAUCGAGCACGCCGUCGAGGACACCAACUUUGUCCGCGAACACCCGGCCAACUUCCUCAAAACGUGCGUUGCUCUAAGCGUGGCGCUCGUCCUCUGCUACAUCAUCUUCCACGCUCUCCUUCACGCGCAUCGCUUCAUCUUGGAGAAGUUCACCGGGCGCCGCAAGGUCCCGCUCGUGCUCUGCCCGGGAGACCUGCUACCCACCGUUGAAGCAGACAGCCUCCAGGCCAAUCGGAAGCCGAAUGUCGUGAAGCGCAUGAAUGAGCCGGUGGAAGUGUGCCUCUUCUAUACAAAGUCGAAUCAGGGACAGGUGACCCCGAAAGUGCUGUCCCCUCCGAAGCCGGUUGAGCAAAAGAUUGAGCAGCAUCCACCACAUCAUGUCUCCAUUUCUGAGACACUGGUUGAAGAGAAGAAACCAACUCAAACCCAACUCGUUUCUGGCAACAGCUCCCCUCAAGACAUCUCGCUGGUGAAGGCUGUCAAACGCGAAAGCCUCCUCAACAUGCGCAUCCUGAACUCGGCUGAUGACGCCAGCAGGCAGUUGGGCCGCCAUGACAGUGAACGUCACGUCGAGGUGCCCGAUCCUACCAGGAAGAUGUCGCCGCGCCCUGUUGAACGCGGCCCGAAGAAGCAUAAGCGAGCUUCACCCGCAGAGAGCACGGCCCGCUCGGGAUCCUUCGAGUCAAUGGAGAAGCGCGCAACGGACGCUUCUCCGACCCCCUCCUCCUCGACCACUACCACUCCCUCUUCCGGCCAAACCACAAUGCCAUCCAAUUCGUCAGGCUCUGUCGGUGCCGCUUCCAGCCUCUCGAGCUCGAGCGUGGACUCAUCCACUACCAAUUCUACCCAGCCGCUGGCUACGAGCUUCACCGACAUCAACGUGCCGACCGAUCGGGCUUCUGGCGGAUGCGAUGGCCUUGAUGAAGACAUCGCAGUGACCCCCUUUGGCUCUCGCGUUAGCCAGCGAGUCCGCUGUGGAAAAGACAAUGACGAGGUCGUCUCGAGCCCGGUGUCUACCGCGGCCAAGGACCCGCCCAAAGAGAAGAAGACCAACACGAAGGUUUUCAUCUCUGGCUCGUUCGUCAACUGGGAAUUGAAGAUCCCGCUGCGCCGCGAUCGCUACGGAUGGGUUGUGGAGAUUCAACUGCCCAAGGGCCACUUCGAAUACCGCUUCCUGGUUGAUCGCCAAUGGGCCAUCGAUGAGAAGCGCCAACAAGUGCUGCUCACUCGCACCGGCCAGUUGAACCAUGUCGUCCAUGUG